AUGUUGUCCACAAUUGCCAAGCGUCAAUUCUCCUCCUCUGCCUCUACUGCCUACAAGGUUGCCGUUCUUGGUGCCGCUGGUGGAAUUGGUCAGCCUUUGUCGUUGCUGAUGAAGUUGAACCACAAGGUUACUGACUUAGCCCUGUAUGACAUCCGUUUGGCUCCAGGUGUAGCCGCUGAUGUAUCCCACAUCCCAACCAACUCCACCGUCACCGGUUACACUCCUGAAGAUAAUGGUUUGGAAAAGACACUGACGGGAGCUGAUCUGGUCAUCAUUCCAGCUGGUGUCCCAAGAAAGCCAGGUAUGACCAGAGACGAUCUGUUCAACACCAAUGCUUCUAUUGUCAGAGAUUUGGCCAAAGCUGUUGGUGACUACAGUCCUAGUGCUGCGGUUGCUAUUAUUUCUAACCCAGUUAACUCCACUGUUCCAAUUGUUGCUGAGGUCUUGAAGUCCAAGGGUGUCUACAACCCAAAGAAGCUAUUCGGUGUCACCACUUUGGAUGUUCUGAGAGCCUCUCGUUUCUUGUCUCAAGUGCAAGGUACCAACCCAGCCAGUGAGCCAGUCACUGUUGUUGGUGGUCACUCAGGUGUCACUAUUGUUCCUCUGCUGUCUCAAUCUAAGCACAAGGACUUGCCAAAGGACACUUACGACGCUCUGGUCCACCGUAUCCAAUUUGGUGGUGAUGAGGUUGUCAAGGCCAAAGAUGGUGCUGGAUCUGCUACGCUGUCUAUGGCUCAGGCCGGUGCUAGAUUUGCCAGCUCCGUGUUGAACGGUUUGGCCGGUGAGAAUGAUGUCGUUGAGCCAUCUUUCGUCGACUCUCCAUUGUUCAAGGAUGAGGGUAUUGAAUUCUUCUCCUCCAAGGUUACUUUGGGUCCAGAGGGUGUCAAGACCAUCCAUGGUUUGGGAGAAUUGUCUGCUGCUGAAGAGGAGAUGAUCACAACUGCCAAGGAGACUUUGGCCAAGAACAUCGCUAAGGGUCAAGAGUUUGUUAAGCAAAACCCAUAA